GGGGAAAACUUUAACCACACCUCAGAGAUCUUGGAAACACAGUAUUUCCACUCUCCAUCCACACAAGAGACCAUUCACUCCAGCGUUAACAUUUGAAUUCAGAUUUACAAUAAGAUUCUACUGAAACAGCACAACCUCACAUAAACGGAAGCAACUAAAAACCAGGAAUAACUCUGGGAAUAAGGGGUCUUGUGUUUGAUAAAGGAAAAGACACAAGCUGAGAAUCGAACAAGAGGAAGGGUUUUGGACGAACCUCAGUUUUAUUUCAUUGAGAUUUGAGGAUUUGAUUUUUCCUUCCAUCUCGUGUCAAAACGGCCUGCAGGGUGGCGAGAGAGAGGAGAGAAUCGAACCGGUGCACGCCGGAGAUGAGUGCCUUCUGGCAUAAGAUUGGCUGCUGUGUGGUAGCCAAACCUCCUCCGAAAAAGAAACGGAGGAGAAUCGACCGUAGCAUGAUCGGAGAGCCCACAAACUUCGUCCAUCUGACACACAUAGGCUCUGGUGAAAUGGCAGAUGGCAUGCAGCCGUCUGGCCCCCUGCAGGAACAGAUGAGAUCCAAAGUGCCUCACGCUAAUGGACGAAACAGCCUGUUAUAGCCUCUUUACUGUUUUUAACCCCUCAGCAGAACCUGUCCAGCUAGCAGCACUUUACCAAUUAGCACAGGACCGGCUUUACAUCGACAGUACAGGUUUUGGUGACAAAUGGCAACAUCCGAUUGCUGCAGUUGCCAACGUGGAUGACACCUCUGCAGGGUUCUUUAUGUUAUUGGUCUUCUUUUCAGAGGAGAUAUUGUCCCUCCUUUAAGACUGUUUUAUUACAUUUGGACCGGGAACGUGUGGAAAAUUGUGAACGUGUGAAGUGUGAGUUUGAAUGUUUCGAGACGCUUGCUGCGUGCGCUAUAGAAGAGGAAAGGCUCUUAUCACAGUAACACAGGGGACUAUUGAACUGCCUUCCCAAAGUUUGAACUGGCAUGUUUGUCAUAGUCUGCCCGUGAUAAGGAUGUGUGCCAAUGCGUUCGAUUUCGUUUUGUGAUGGAAAAUGUGUUUACCUACAGCAUCUCAACUACUUUCUAUUAACAGUUGCACAAUGAUCUAAAUCCUUUCUAAUGGUGACUCAGGAUUGCAUUUAAAAACCCUGGCAGAAGCAUAGAAGUCGUAGUUCUUUGUCUUAAUCUCCAGUAGGUGUUUAAGGAAACAUUUACUUUCAAAUAUAAAAUUCUGCUUAAUACCCUUUUUAAACAAACAUGCUCAUAUUUUUUAUGUGGGACAAAGUGGAAGUGACAGAAUUUUCAAUUUUGAGUGAACCGUUCCUUUAACCGCUUGUUUGAUUUUUGGGACUUUGAACAUCAGCUAUCAUCAAGGCUUCCUGCUGGUUAAAGUCACAUUUGACAUUUACUUAUCAAACACACACUUUCUGUUUUCCGUGAUCACAUGGCACUACUGUGCACCUGCUUGUGACUGCCACUAAAUCGCAGACACACACCUUGUAUACUUUGUGUAUGUUUUUUGGCUCUGUGUAGCACUGUGUUGUGGGGAAUUCCUCGUGUUGACAAACGGAUGUUUGCUUGUAAUCAUGUUUUGCUUUGCUGGAUCCCAAACUGUAGUUUACUUGCUGUAAUUUGGUAGGAAAAAUAUUUUGGUAGGAAAAAAUUCCACAAUGUCCGUAUUACUGUAGAAAUAUAAUGUAGGAACACAUUUUUUUAUAGUACCGAGUUGCCCAGUGGUGCUCAAGAAACACAUUUCAUUCUUUAUUCAGUAGAGAAUGACAUCUCUGUCAUGAUAAAUGUCGGCUUUCUUUUCGUGUGAGCUGUUUACCAUCAUUAAGUAUAUGCUGUCACUUUCAAAGCCAAAAUGUAUAUGGUGCAAAGCACUCAGCCUGCUUCCUUAUUCUUGUUUUUUAUUUUUGUUUAAAAAUCUUUUAGUUUUACUCCGUGUGAUCAAAUUUGAGCAGUGAUAUUGUGGUUCAUAUGUCAUGGUGUUAUGUUGGUGCGUCUUUUUGUUCCUUUUGUUGUGCUUUAAUUUGUAACAAUACAGUUGUACAAAGAGCGGUAUGCUUGUUUUCAUUUAUUAAACGCACAUAGUGAUAGUA